GUCUAUUUAUACUACACAGCUAUUGCUUAACCCACCACAGCGACACAAGAACGAAACAACUCUCCAUAUACCCUCUGUUCAUGUCCAUUUGAAUUUCCAAUAAUAUAUAUAACCAGAAAUACUCACAUCCUCUCUCUCUCUCUCUCUCUCUCUCUCUCUCUCUCUCUAAAAGAUGGCUGACUGGAAGCCUCAGAACAAUGGGUUUUCCGGCCAGACUCAGACACCCAUUCCAGCUCUCGAUCCACCACAGAAACCAAAACGAAACAAGUAUGCCUUUACUUGUGCCAUUUUAGCUUCCAUGACUUCCAUCUUACUUGGUUAUGAUCUUGGGGUGAUGAGCGGAGCAGGACCGUUCAUCAAGAAGGACCUGAAGAUCUCGGACGUCCAGCUGGAAAUCCUGAUGGGCAUCUCCCUCCUCGGUUCCGCCACCGCAGGCCGAACCUCCGAUUGGUUGGGGCGCCGGUACACCAUCGUCCUCGCCUCCGGGAUCUUCAUCGUGGGAGCCAUCCUCAUGGGCUUCGCCACCAGCUACGCCUUCCUCAUGGUCGGCCGGUUGGUCGUCGGCAUCGGCGUUGGCCAUGCCCUCAUGAUCGCCCCAGUCUACACCGCCGAGGUCUCCCCCGCCGCCUCUCGUGGCUUCCUCGUAUCUUUCCCCGAAGUCUUCAUCAACGCCGGUAUAUUGUUGGGAUAUGUAUCAAACUAUGCGUUCUCGAAGCUUCCACUUCACUUAGGAUGGCGAUUCAUGCUCGGAGUCGGAGCGAUUCCCUCGGUGUUCUUGGCGUUGGGGGUCCUCGCCAUGCCGGAGUCGCCACGGUGGCUCGUUUUACAAGGUCGGCUGGGUGACGCCAAGCGAGUCCUGGACAAGACCUCCGACUCCAAAGAGGAGGCUCAGCUGCGGCUCGCCGACAUCAAGGAAGCCGUCGGAAUUCCAGAGGAGUUCAACGACGACGUCGUUCAGGUGUCGAAAAGGAGUCACGGCGAAGAUGUUUGGAAGGAGCUGUUCCUCCACCCGACGCCGACCGUGAAGCACAUCCUGCUCGCCGUCGUAGGAAUUCACUUUUUCCAACAAACGUCUGGCAUAGAUGCUGUCGUGUUGUACAGCCCGAAAAUAUUCGAGAAGGCGGGUAUAACAAACGAAAACUUCAAGCUACUCGCCACGGUGGCCGUUGGAUUUGUCAAGACACUGUUCAUUCUCGUGGCAACAUUUUUACUUGAUCGGAUCGGGCGAAGACCAUUACUUUUGAACAGCGUUGCGGGUAUGGUCGUGUCCCUGGCGACUCUAGGGAUGAGUUUGACUAUCAUAGAUCACUCCGAUAAGAAACUGAUCUGGGCCGUUGCUUUGGCGAUCACGUCAGUACUAGCAUAUGUUGCCACGUUCUCGAUUGGGAUGGGGCCCAUCACAUGGGUCUACAGCUCGGAGAUUUUUCCACUGAGACUGCGGGCACAAGGGAUAUGCGUGGGAGUGGCAGUUAAUCGUGUGAUGAGUGGAACUCUAUCGAUGACUUUUCUCUCUCUCUACAAAGCCAUCACCAUAGGUGGUGCCGUCUUUCUCUUCAUGGGAGUUGCUAUGGUUGGUUGGGUGUUCUUUUACACAUUACUUCCAGAAACACAGGGUAAAACCCUUGAAGAAAUGCAAGUAUUGUUUGGCACUUUCUUUAGGUGGAGGUCAAUCAUGAGAGAAUUGGAGAAAAACAACAAUGGAGUUAAUAGUACCGGUGAUGGUAACGAUAAUAAGGGUAUCAGUAAUGAUCAGAUUCAGAUGGGAACAACUAAGUGCUAGAUGUUAGGAUUUGGUUAAAGAUAUGUUUGCCAAACAAUGACUAGUUUUCAUGUUAUUUACAAUAUGUAUUUUCACUUCAGUACUUCCAAAUUAUCACUUGAAAAAAGGAUUGAAAUGAAUAUCCUAUGAAAAAGUAAAGAAAGAAAUAAAAAAACGGAAGGAAAUAAAAGUGGAAGAAAAUGUCAGUGGUCAUAUACAGUGGAAAAGAAGAAAAAUUGUAGUAGUCUAACAAUGAAUGAAUUGGAAAAUGAAGAAAGAAAAAGUUUUAUUUCCAAA